UUCACGUUGCAUCCUGGGAUACGGUCCGUGUUUGCCUCAGCUAUCAAGAUGGCCGAAAAUGUUUGGUUGAGGGGUUGGAGCUGAACACAGACAGAACUGGAGCGACUGUGAUGUUGAGUGGCAGGAUUACAAGCCCGCGACAGAGCAUAUUCAGAAGAUUGUUUCCUGACCACAUUUUGUUCUCUCUAGAGUUCUACAGUAUAGAAGAGUCCAGCAUUGGAAACUUUAAGCAAGUCUAAUGAAGCGAGCAGCUGCAAAGCAUCUAAUUGAGCGUUACUACCACCAGUUAACAGAGGGCUGUGGAAAUGAGGCCUGCACGAACGAGGCUUGUGGCUCCUCUCCGGGUUUCCGGCGCAUGGAUAACAAUGCAGCGGCCAUCAAGGCCCUGGAGCUGUAUAAGAAUAACGCCAAACUGUGUGAUCCUCACCCCUCUAAGAAAGGCGCCAGCUCGGCUUUCCCGGAGAACAGUGCCAAAGGAGCCCACAAUUUCUCUGCUUGCAGCAACGGGAAGAUGAACCACAAGGAUCUGCCUCCCACCAGGGAAGACUUUAGAGAUUUGAAUUAUUUGACAGAGGAAAAGGUUUACGAAAUUCUGGCUCUCUGUGGUGAGACGGAAGACUACUCCCCUCUGAUCCGUGUCAUCGGGAGGGUCUUCUCCAGUGCGGAAAGCCUGGUGCAGAGCUUUCGCAAGGCUAAACAGCACACCAAGGAGGAGCUGAAGUCGCUGCAGGCCAAGGACGAGGACAAGGAUGAAGAUGAGAAAGAGACUGCCUCUGGUUCGGCCAGUGCCAUGGAGGUGGACCCUGAUGCCGCUGCCGCUUCCAGUGGAGAAGGGGCCUCUCACGACGGUAACAACGUCCAAAAGCUGGGUCCGGUUGAAGUGUCUGUGGACAUUGACGCAGUAAGAAGAGUUUACGACAGACUAUUGUCUAAUGAGAAGAUCGAGGCAGCAUUCCUGAAUGCAUUGGUGUACCUGUCGCCUAAUGUGGAAUGUGACCUUACCUAUCAUAAUGUGUAUGCAGCUGAUCCCAAUUACUUAAACGUGUUCAUCAUUGUCAUGGAAAACAGCAACCUGCACAGUCCCGAGUACCUGGAAAUUGCCCUGCCACAGUUCUGCAAGGCCAUGAGCAAGCUACCUCUCCCGGCUCUGGCCAAGCUAGCACGCCUUUGGUCGCAGUACGGAGCUGACCAGAUUCGGCGCCUGGUGGAGACGUUUCAGCAGCUCAUCACCUACACAGUCAUCAGCAACGAGUUCAACAGUGAUAACCUGGUUAACGAGGAUGACGGCGUGGUAGCGGCCACCAAGUGCUUGAAAAUUGUCUACUAUGCAAACGUGCUGGGUGGCGACCUUGACACAGAUCACAACGAAGAGGAGGAUGAUGAGCCUAUCCCUGAGUCCAGUGAGCUGACCCUGCAGGAGCUGCUAGGUGAGGAGCGGCGCAACAAGAAAGGGCCACGCGUGGACCCGCUGGAGACGGAACUGGGUAUCCGCACGUCGGACUGCCGCAAGCCCCUCAUUCCAUUUGAGGAGUUCAUCAAUGAACCGCUAAACGAUGUUCUGGAAAUGGACAAGGACUACACCUUCUUCAAGGUGGAAACGGAGAGCAAGUUCUCCUUCAUGACCUGUCCAUUUAUUCUUAACGCUGUGACGAAAAACCUGGGCCUCUACUACGACAACAGGAUCCGCAUGUACAGUGAGCGCAGGAUCACUGCCCUCUACAGCCUGGUGCAGGGGCAGCAGCUCAACCCUUACCUGCGCCUCAAAGUGCGCAGAGACCACAUCAUAGAUGAUGCUCUCGUCAGGCUGGAGAUGAUCGCCAUGGAAAACCCAGCAGACUUGAAGAAGCAGCUGUAUGUGGAGUUUGAAGGAGAGCAGGGUGUGGAUGAAGGAGGUGUUUCCAAAGAGUUCUUUCAGCUGGUAGUAGAAGAGAUCUUCAACCCAGAUAUAGGCAUGUUCACCUAUGAUGAAAGCACAAAGCUUUUCUGGUUCAACCCCUCAUCAUUUGAAAAUGAAGGCCAGUUCACUUUGAUAGGUAUUGUCCUGGGCCUAGCUAUCUACAAUAACUGCAUUCUGGACGUGCACUUCCCUAUGGUGGUUUACAGAAAGCUAAUGGGAAAGAAAGGAACCUUCCGAGACCUUGCAGAUUCUCAUCCGGUUCUUUAUCAGAGUCUGAAGGAGCUGCUGGAGUAUGAGGGCAACGUGGAGGAAGACAUGAUGAUCACUUUCCAGAUAUCACAGACAGAUCUGUUUGGCAACCCUGUCAUGUAUGAUUUAAGGGAAGGUGGAGAGAAAAUCCCUGUUACCAACGAUAACAGGAAGGAUUUUGUAGCACUCUAUGCUGAAUAUAUGCUCAACAAAAGUGUGGAGAAACAAUUCAAGGCAUUCAAAAGAGGUUUCCAUAUGGUUACUAAUGAGUCUCCACUGAAGUAUCUGUUUCGACCUGAGGAAAUUGAGCUACUUAUAUGUGGCAGCAGAAAUCUUGACUUUCAAGCACUCGAAGAGACUACAGAAUAUGAUGGUGGUUACAACAGGGAUUGUCGCAUUAUUAAGGACUUCUGGGAGACAGUGCACUCAUUUGGACAGGAGCAGAAGAGGCUGUUUCUGCAGUUCACCACAGGCACCGACAGAGCGCCUGUGGGCGGCCUGGGCAAAUUGAAGAUGAUCAUUGCCAAAAAUGGGCCAGAUUCAGACAGGUUACCAACCUCUCACACCUGUUUCAACGUGCUGCUCCUCCCUGAAUACUCCACGAAGGAGAAACUUAGAGAGAGACUCCUCAAAGCCAUCACUUACGCCAAAGGCUUCGGCAUGCUCUGAGGCAUGAGGAGACGCAAAAGAACUCAGUCAACUUCAGAGUUUUCGUGUGUUCGUCAAAGGCGAAAUCAACUACACCGACAAAACAUAAAUAUCAAGUUUAAAUGUAAGGCAGGAUAUGAAAUGGGCUAAAAUGGGAAAGUUCUGGUGACCGAGUGCCUGUGCCUAAAUAGUAGAUAAAACCACACUGGACUCUUGGCUCUCUCCCUCUAAUGUAAGUGUUAAGUUUCCCUUUUUGUAUGCACUGAGAUAUAGCACUAUUUAUUUUAAGGGAUAAAGUCUGUUCUUUCAUGUCUGCCUGGAAUUCAGCUCACUUUUUGAUUUCUUAUGCGGUAGAAGGAGGGACAGUUAGAGAUUUCCAACACCUUCAGGACUGAUCACCACAUAAACCUAAAGAAAUAUUAAAAAAAAAAAAAGAACAAAAGAGUAAAGGGAGGGGGAAGUUA